UUAUACUAUACUCUUUUGAUACUUCUACCUAAACAAUAAUAUAAUAGACUAAUCGCGAAAACAUUAGCGAAGAGGAAAAAAAAAAAAAGAAUAACAUUUUGGGUUAUUUGGCUUUUGUUUCCUGCUGCUCUCCUCAAUCCAUUGACGCUGUUUCACUCCCUUUCUCUCGAUUUCUCAAUGUUUCUUUCCCUGUAAUUUGUUGUGAUUUGAAGUAUAAAUCAGGGAGAAGUAAAAGCUAUCAUAAAAUGGCGGAGGCAAUUCUUACGGUUGUCUUGCAACAGAUAACAACAAUCUUGAGUGACAAAGCGGCAGAAGAGAUGACGAGGUGGGGAGACUGCAAGACUGUUCUCAAAAAUCUUGAGACAUAUCUGAAAUCCAUGCGAUCCGUUCUCAAAGAUGCAGAGGAACUACAAAUUACAGACGAUGCAAUCAAACUGUUGCUAGAAGAUCUGAAAAUUGUAAUUUAUGAAAUCGAGGAUGAGUUGAAUUUAUGGAGCUGUAAAGUACGGAAGGCAGAAUCUGUUCGUACCAAGGUAAAUUUUCUACGUGAAUUCGGUAUAUAUCGUCGUAGUUCUGAUAGAAUAAAGAAGAUUUGUGAAAAACUGAGUCCAUUUGAGCUGAAAAACAAGCUGGAUCUGGGCAAGAGUAAAAUUAUAUCUCCUCUGCGGAACAAAGAAAGUACUAGCUAUUGUGAUCUGUCAAAAAUUAUUGGUCGAAACGGAAUUAAAACUGAGUUAGUGUUCCGUUUAGUUGAUGAGGAAGAACAGGGUACUCAAACUAUCUCCAUAGUGGGGAUGGGAGGUAUUGGCAAAACCGACCUUGCUCGAUUGAUUUACAAUGAUGAACUUCUUAAAACAAGAUUUGACAAAAUGAUUUGGGUGUGUGUUUCCAACCUUUUUGACCAGAAAAAAGUUGCGCGUGAUAUCAUUUUAGCUUUUGAAGAAGAUAAUUUUAGUUUCCCUGUCUACCUCCAAGAUUCAGUUACUUUAGAUUUCCUUCUUGGUAAUCUUAAGCAGAAAAUCAUAGAUACAAGAUUUUUUCUUGUUUUAGAUGAUGUGUGGGCAGAAGAUAAUGGAGAUUGGGAAGACCUGCAAGCUGUUUUAAAACAUGGUAAGCCUGGAAGUAAGAUUUUGGUUACUACUAGGAAGGUAUCUGUUGCAAAUACUCUAUCUUGCAGUUCAGGUUUGAUUUAUCAUUUGUCGAGUUUACCUGACGAAGAUUGUUGGUCAAUUCUUAAGCAAUUUGCAUUUGUUGGAAAGGAUCAACUCUCUCAACAAAAUCGCGAAACCUUGGAAUGCAUUGCAGAGAGAAUUUCAACAAAAAGCAAAGGUUUACCACUUGUUGCAAAGGAUCUAGGACAUCACUUACAAAAAAGUGAAGCUAGAUUGUGGAAUGAUAUCAAUGACAAAGAGCUAUGCAAUUUGGCUGUGUGGGAACGAGUUGUGCGUUCUUUAUUCUUGAGUUAUCAUGAUUUGCCGCGGUCAAGAAUCAGAGACUGUUUCUUGUAUUGUGUAAUCUUUCCUAAAGGAUUGCAAAUCUGGAGAGAUAAUUUAAUCAGGCAUUGGAUUGGACAAGGUUACUUAGCUCCUAGUGGCAAUGUAAAGAGGGAAGAUGAGGUUGAAGCUACAGGUAGAGAGUUCUUUCAACACUUAGCAUCUUGCUCUUUAUUCCAAGAUUUUGUGGAAGAAGAUGGCGCUGGCAUUGUUGCAUGUAAGAUGCAUGACAUAAUACAUGAUCUUGUACAGUAUUUGACAAGUAAAGACUUUGUGAUGAAAGAGGUAAAUAGAUAUGAAAUGAAAUUUCAAUUACCUUCGAAUGAUGCUCGCCACUUGACGGUCAUUCUUGAACCUUAUUUUCCUCUUUCAAUUGAAGGUGGUAGCAAAUUGCGUAGCCUUUCAAUCUUUUCUGCCUUAGGAACCCGAGUUGUUACAGACAAGUCUCUGCAUCAAUUGUUUGAAAAAUCUCCGUGCCUAAGGGUGCUAGAUUUGGGCAUGAAUAAUUCAUGUGAUGAUUUGCUUCCCGAGAUUUCAAGCAAAAUAGGUGAUUUGAUACAUUUAAGGCAUCUCAACUUAUUUUGUUGCAAGAUGAUACAUAGAUUACCUGAUACAAUCUGCCAAUUGCAUGAUUUGUUAUCCUUGGAUCUUCAUGGAUGCAGUCGUCUUGGAAAACUACCGGAUGGUCUGGGGAACUUGAUCAAUUUGAGGUAUCUUUGUACUACAGAUUGUUCCAGUCUAACUUACUACCCCAAAGGGAUUGGGAAAUUAACAUCUCUAAGGACUUUAACAGAUAUCAUUGCAAGAGCGGAUUGCGAUGAUCCUAAAGUGUUCUGCAUUGGAGAUCUCGAAAACUUGGACAACCUCCAUGAAAUUCUCCGUCUGAAGCUGGUGGGAAAUGUAAUAGAUGUGCAACAGGCUGACAAAGCCAAACUCCAAAACAAGACGCAUCUCAAGAAGAUUAAGAUCUAUUUAGAUGGAAGAAUAGACCAUGCUGUUGCAGAUACAACAUUGAAUCUACCUCUCUCCAUGGCGAAUGGUUUCUUCAACGAUCACGAAUGGUGAAAUGUUGCUUUAAGGACAUAAGAAUUGAGAGGCUCUGUCGAUGGUGAUAAUGGUAGUGAUGGUGGUAUAAUUCAUUUAUGCUUCUACCAUUUUGUAUUUAUUAAAAGUAAGUGGUUAAAAUGAUAUGCUAAUACUUUUAAGAGUUAGGGUUCUAAGACUUGAUAUUAUCACUUGUAUUAGAUUGUAAUAUAAAAAAAAAAAAAAAAAAGGUUUGUGUUUUGCUGGUUGACGUGAUUAUAUUUUAUGCAUUGUGAGUUGUGAGUUACCAAGUGAUUGUUUAUUCCUUUUUAUAAAUUACCAGGUGAAUCCUCAUGGGAGCCAGAGGAUACCUUGCCCCAAGAUUUGGAAAACUGCUAUUAGGCCUUUCUAGUUAAGCUUUGUAAAAUUUUUUGAAACUUUUAACUUAAGUCUCUCAAAAUUUCUAGAAAUUUUUAUUGUUUUCAAUUAAAUGACUCUUCGAAUUUUUGGAA